AUGAAUGGGUAUUACGAAGACCCAAUUCACCCCAGGGAACUUCUUUUGCUCAUAGAGGACAAUCCCGACGUUGCGCAGGAUAAGUGCGUGGGAAGUCCAACAUUUUGGAACGCCGUAGCAGGCAAAUUAAACCCCCUUGGUCCUCCAUCGAAAGAUGGAACCGGGUGGAAAAGGGCUUGGCAAGGCUAUAAAUAUGGCCUUAAAAAGAAGCUCGCCCACAACAAUCGCGAGUACCAAUCAACCGGCGGAGGGCCUUGUUCGAUCAAGGCAUUUUCGCAGCUCGAGGAGCAGGCCAUCGCGAUAUUGGAUUUGAAAAAGGUUGUAAUUGGGAACGCUGAUGUUCCAGUAAUGGGAAUGGGUUUUUCCCAAUCAGCAACCCCUGCACCAUCGCCUGAACCAGUGGUGGAUCCAACGGUGGAACCAUCGGUGGAACCAUCUGCGGAUCCAUCGAUACAACCAACGAUGGAACCAUCGGUGGAUCCGUCAACACCUGCUUCGACGCCAACACGUGGACAAACGCCCCUAUCAUUGCGGCAAAUAGGUGCAGCUAGGCCGAAAAAACGGUCAAUAGCCGAGCUGCAAUUAUUUGAGCAGCGAAAAUAUAAUAGCCUUAUGGCUCGAAAAAAUGAUCUUAUUGAAAAACAGUUGAACUUGGAAAAGGAAAAAUUUGAGUGGAAGAAGAAAAUAGAAAAGGAGAGGCUAGCUCUCGAAAAAGAUAGGAUCGAGUACUACAAAGUACUAGAAGAAAAAAAAAUUGAAUUAGAAAUAGAAAUAGCUAACAAGAAAAUUGCCUUGAAACGGGAAGAACUAGAAAUAAAAAGACAAAAACAGUAAAUGUUUGUUUUUUCGAUUAUUUUUUAAUCGGAAUCAUUUCCCACAUCUUCUAGUAAAGAUUGGAAAUGGAGGUUCCAUUCUAUAUUAUUUUCAACACAUAUGUUGUGUAAAGCACAACAUACAUUAAUAAUUUGUGCACAUUU